AUGGCAAGCAAUGGCGAAGAUGUAAACACUUCAGACCUCCACCCUAACGGCGCAACCCUUAAAAUGCCUACCCGUAACACCAACGGCACCUCUCGCCAACCUGGCGACCCAAUGAUCCUCCCACCCGGAAUAUCCUCUUCUCAAUUCCACUACUUCAUCGCCCGCGCAACCUCCGUCGUCGGCCCUAAGAACGUCGAAGUCAUCCUCCCAGACAACAGUCUCAACGACGGUUCAUACGAGAAUCCCUGCCAUGGCCACGACAUGCAUGCGAUCUUCGACCGUGACUACUUCGUCGCCAGCGCUGUAGUCUCACCUCGCUCCGUACCGGAAGUCCAGGAGAUGAUGAGAUUGUGCACGGAGACGGGAGUGCCGGUUUGGCCGUAUAGUAUUGGACGGAAUACGGGGUAUGGAGGGGCGACACCAAUGGUGCCGGGAGUGUGGGGUUGA